AUGCAUAUUCCGACGCAGUUUUGCAAUUUGUCGAACGUUUUGCCGGAAGAGCAAGAGGAGAUGAUAUUCAAUGAGCUCAAAUUUUUUCUAUUGGGAACCCAAACCGAGAAUAUUCGAAUAAGCGAGUUUGAUGGGAAUCUGCCGAGCCAAAUCGAAGUCAACAUAUCGUUUGAUCCGUACAUUCGAUCUGAACUUGAGCGAUUCACUGAUAUUCUGUUGGCGACGGCGACUAUCAAAAUUUGCUGCUAUGGCAUCACCCAUGACGCUUAUAAUUAUUCGACGAUUCCCGGCACGGUUGCGAGCGAAAUCGAGAAAAAGGUGAAUCAAGUGAUCUACAAAAUCUGCGAGAAUCUCGACGGACACCUGGACGCCAAUCAGCAGUUGAACAAUUUGUUUCGUGAAGUCAACGCCGUCGCCGAAUCGUUUCAAUUUUACAAAGAGAUCGUCAAGACCAUCUACAAGGAGCACUUGAUCGGCGGACAAGUUUUGUCGUUGAUUGACGCCAAACGGAGGCACGUCUACUCGCCGGCUGCCAUUCAGGAUCUCGAGGAUGUAUUUCAGGCGGGCUGGCGAGUCUUCGCGCGCUACAUUGGCCGUCUCGUGUGUCGUUUCGAAGGCGAUUCGCUCAACUUUGAGUUUGUGAUCUGGUCGAUCAAAACCGCCGGCGAUUCGACGCUCGCCGCCAAAAUAAUGGCGCCAAAAUUGCCGAAAUCGACGAAGUUCGUCGUCGUCGACGAGCUGUGCCCGUCGUUUUUCCACAAAUAUCUCGACAUUUUGGUGAGAUGCGCCGAAUUUGGCGACGCGUCGAAAAUUGAGAACGCGCGCAGCGCGCCGCCGCCGCCGCUGAUCGCCGAGAAGGGCGGCGGCAACGUCGAGAAUUUGAUGAACGAUGUGCGGAACGUCGAUUGGAGCGGUUUGGAUGUGGCGGCGACCGUCAGAAUGCUUGUUCAAUUCUCGCGAAAAGAGUCGGCGUGUCUUCUGAAAAAAAUCACGUCGGCGACCAAUGUCGAUCAGGCGAUAUGCGAUAUUCACGAGCUUCUCCUUCGCGGCGCUCAGGCUCACGAAGUGAUGAGCCAGUGUGUGAAAUCCGACAUAUUGUGCAGUCCGAUUGAUGAAAUUGGAUCAUCGCGUCUCAAAAAAUUGACGCAGGAGUGCCUUGGAGCCGCGUCGGAGAAACACCGCUAUUUUUGGAGAUAUUUCAGCUUCACCAUCGAGACGAAAAACGUGUUUGAGCAUUUGGCUGAGAGAAUGCUGCGCGGAGCGCCGACCGAAAAACAUCGCCAAAAUUACACGCCACCAUUGUUCGAAUGCCUCUCGCUGACAUUCAAUUGUCCGAUUGAAAUUGAGCCGAUCGUCUCAUCGAACGCCGUUCACAUGCUUCUGCCCGUCUUUCGCAUUUGGUUGCAAUUGCACGUUGCCACGUGGAAAUUGGCAAACGAACGAGACAUUCUGCGCGGAAUGAUGCCGUUGAGAAGCGGAAGCGAUUUGGCGCUGAAGAAGCACUUGCUCAACUCGUUUGAUUGGGAAAUUUCGAAUUUGAAGAAGAAAUACGCGACGUUUGUCGAUGUUGCGCUGAUUUCGUAUCGCGAACGUGUCUCAAAGGCCGUUUCGUUGGAUGAAUAUGUCGAAUCUCAAGAUAUUUUGGCUCGGGACAUCACGAAAAUGAUGAAAAUCAUGGAGUCGACCGAUUUGGACAUUAUCAAAGAUAUGCUCAACAUAAUUUGGGCUUAUGAGAGCCCCGAAGUGACAUUGGGCGAUUUGAUUGUCGAAUUCGAGGAAAUUCAAUCGCGCGCAAAAAUGGGAGAAGUUACACUUGCAUAA